CGGAAGAAAAACAACCAUUCUCAGUGAAAGAAAAAAUACCGUGCUUCACAUAGAGCAGAUACGCCUGAUGUCCUGAUCACUGAUCAUGAUUAACACUCAGAGUCAUCCGCGGCUCACCGCGACGCUAGCGGCGGUUGCUGUUGGGCUGGUCCUGGCGGCGUGGACGGCGGUGUCUCCCGGGUUAGUGGUCUGGUUGAAAGAGAACGUCGAGCCGCUUGUUGCGAACACCAGCUUGUGGAGGAAUUCCGGGACAUUUUUUCAGAGCCAAUGGGAGAAGGUCUACGACUGGUACGGCGGGAACGCCUAUCUACUGGGAACCCUGGGUAGUACCAAUGUGUAUGGCCUAACUUUUGUGGUUCUGAACUCCUUGUACCUGUACAUGGACAUCACGGGGCGACCGGCUGCCUUGGUCAAGUACAAGAUACAACCGGACGUCAAUACACCGCCGGUUGAGCCUGCCAUCCUGCGCAAGGUCGCACUCCAACUACCAAUCACCGCCCUCGUUACAUUUGUCGCCAUCUGCCUGGCCUGGCCCAUUCUGAUGUGGCGGGGGUGUGACUUUGGACGAGAGCUUCCGUCCCUUUGGAACGUUCUGGUGGACUUUCCCGCGCUGAUGCUGGGGGAAGAAGCCGGGUUCUACUUUUCUCACAGGAUUUUGCACCACCCGUACUUGUACAAGCGAAUUCACAAGAAGCACCACGAGCUAACGGCGCCCGUCAGUAUCGCAGCUCCGUACGCCUAUCCUGUAGAAUCGGUUUUCUCCGGGGUUCUUCCACCGCUGCUGGGACCACUGGUCACUGGUUGUCACGUGAGCACCAUCUGGUUGUUCGGCUGCUACGGUCUGUACAUCACCGUCACCGAUCAUUCCGGAUAUGACCUGCCCUUCAACGUCCGGUCUCCUGAGUUCCACGACUUCCAUCACUCUAGGUUCAAUUCUAACUUCGGCGUGUACGGUUUGCUAGACGGCCUGCUGGGGACCGACUCGGCCUACCGACAGUACAAGGCCGCGGCGCGUCACAAAACCCCAAAUGGUAUCACUCCGCCCUCGAACUCAAUCCCAAAUGGCAAGAAACGAAAGUAGUCUAUGAUUAUAACAACAAGAACAAAAGAGAAAAAAGGAUGGUAGGACGGAAAUGUGAUAACUACCCAAGCCAAAUAUUAAUGUAUUUAAAAAUGGAAUACAUAUAAUUAGUAAUUUGUCACUUUUUGACUAAGUUUAGUUAUGAUGUAACAAUUGAAACAUUGUGACUAUUACAAUAGAAGUAAAAAAUUGUACGUAAGAACAAUUUUAAGAUGAAAAAAUUCUUCUAAUACACUACUACUAUUGUCCUGAGGAAACUAGUACUAGUACUAGACUCUUUAUUGACUAAACAAAAAGUACAGGGACUUUUAUAUGGUCUUCUACAACUAAACAUCUAACAAAACUAAAUGGAUUUUUUGAAAAUAUCAUAACUUUGGUUUUGUCUUUGUUUAUUGAUAACUUCCGCAAGGAACAGAAUUGGUCGAGUAUUACAUGCACGCCAUCUGGCAGUAUUGAGAACAACUGCAGGGGGCAGACGUCUGACGACUAUACUAGUGAUGAGUAAGCAAGUUAGUAAACAAGUGCAUCUAUCGAACAGAUCUAGAUACGAACUAAAAAAAUCUGGCAUAUGGCACAAAGUAACAUUCUUAUGAAUCAUCAAUAUUAGUGAAAUAAAAGUGAUGUGCUUACAGCGCAAAUCUUGGACAGAACUUAGAGGGUAUGUGGUCAGCACAUUUUAGACGCCGCUGCACAAAUGAGUACACUUAAGAAUGUAUCCUAGGGCUCAUUGGUAUUCAGUCUUGCCUCGGGAUGUUGCAAGUGACCGGCCAGGUCAUCUUCAGCAAUAGGCGGAGAUAGUCAGCAAUAGUCAGCAAUAGUCUGAGAAUAUAUGUUAC